GUGCACGGUUGUACUUCAUGGGCAUAGCUAUAGCAAAAACAGGCCCGCACUGCGUCAAUGUAAAUUAUUUGUGUUUAUUGUGUUGUUGUGGAUGGGAACAAGACAUAAUAUAACAGAACUGUGAUUUUCAUCUCGUAGCUGAAAAUGGAAAACUUCAUGUCAAUGCAUGAAAGUGAACUGGGUUUUGAAUGCUUUUCAAAUUUUACUCCAGCUGAAGUAUUUGUUCAAGGUUGUGCAGGAUUCACAAACCAACAUGACAUAGAACACAUCAUUCGAGCACAGAAACAGAUGCUUCAACGUUUUGAGAAGACAAAUGAAAUGCUAGUCAACUGUAAUGCACUAUCUCAAAUCCAUCUACAAAAAGCAACUACAGAGUUCAAGAAACAUGUACAACUUCUAAAUGAAGUGAAGAAGGAUCUGGAGAAUAUUUUCAAGAGAAUUAAAAUCAUGAAAGCUAAAGCAGCAGCUCAGUAUCCACACCAGUUUGAAGAUGCAAUGAAUAAAAUUCAAACACCUAUAGAGGAGGAAGACGAAAAAGCAAAAGAUGGAUGAUGCUUUAAAGACAAUCAGCAAUGGAAAGUGUGUGAAUCUUAAUUAUAUAACCAAACUGUAUCUGGUGCACUUAAUUAUGUUCUUUUUAAUGAGUGAAAAUGUGAAAUGGUCAGUUAAUCUUUAUGAUCGUUUAACCAAUGUAAGCAUUGUAAAAACUAGCUGUUCCCGUGCGCUAUGUUUAUUUCGAUAAUGAGAAGCUAUUGCAGUAUCCUUUUUGCAUAGGGA